AUGGUCCCCGCCAACAUCACAGACUCUAUCCCAGGAGGAGUUCCUCUAUCGAUGGACUUCAAAAGUCCUCAGGACUAUGUCAUCUUUAUUUUCCAUGUCCUAUUUGCAACGGUAACUGUUCUGAUAGCCGGAUCUGUAGUCAUCACCAUAUUGGCCACCUCGGCGCUCCGCCUCCAGAACAGGUUUAUUUUCAUGCUGAACACCAGUAUUUGUGACACGCUUGUUGGGGUCUCCGUGUAUUAUCUCGGUCUGUUUGAUGUUCGGGAGGUAUACCCGUCUAGGAAUGGAACUUAUAAUAUUUUACCCUCACUUCUAGGGGUCAAUAUUGUGACGUUUUUGUUCGCACAGUUUGACCGCUAUUUUGCUGUGUGCCACCCAUUCAUCUAUGGUCGCUUUGCUACAAGAGAGUUUGUGAUAGGCAUUAACAUCUACUGCUGGGUUUACAAUUGGGUUCACUUGAUGGUCAGGAAUUUGCUGCCAUCUUCCAAAGCAUUGCAGAUGUACGUAAUCAGCAUAUUACUCAUGCAGCUGAUCGUGGUCACCAACGUGGCCAUGACUAUCAAACUGUAUGUGGUUGCCAGAGUCCAGGUCGCCAGAGAACCUCCCAGCGCCGAAAAAGAGAGCAAGAAGGAAUCAUUACGAAUCAUCAUCUUUGUUGUCAUAACCUUCUUGGUGUUGUGGUGCCCCGCUUUUGUUAAUAUAAUCAUCAGAUUUAUAGGAGCAGGGGGGCUGACGUUUAGGAACGAGGCCACUCACCUGUUCGCCAUCAUGGCUCGUUUCAACUCAGUGUGCACUCCGUCCGUGUACAUCUGGGGUAGCCCGGCACUGAGGGAAGCCAUGGUGAAGACCGUGUGGGGCAGAGUGUGCCCGAGAUGCAAAAGGAGAGUCGGCUCCAUUCACGGGAAGGGAGAUACCAAAAAUACAUGGAAGUAA